CGACGACAGGGCCUCCAGACAAGGGCGCCAGACUACCGCGGAUGGUCCCCGAGUAUGCGACUUUGGAGUGGUGGCGGAAUCUGCCUCCUCAGCUGCAGCAGAAGGACCCCUACUACUGGAACAUGUAUUUCAACAAGAAGGGGAAGCCCAAGUUCCAGAAGAAGAAGCUUUACAUGCUCCCGAAGGCCGUGGACAUCCUCUACUCCUUCUACAAAGACCUCUCAUACCGCAACCCCACCAUACAGUUAAACAUGAACAUGAACUUGAACGCCAAUUAUCCCGACCAGCAGAUCAGGACCUUUGCCGUGCUGCCGCACGGACUCGGCGCGGAACGGAAGAUUGCCGUGUGGUGCUCCCCGGACGAGGAGAAAGAGGCAUUGGACAUGGGCGCCGACAUCGCCGGGAAGACUCUCUCUGAAGAGCUCACGAAGGAGAUCAUCAACUUUGACGUCCUGAUCACCAAGCCCGCGGGCAUGCCUGCGCUGGCCAAGCUCGGGAAACUCCUUGGCCCCAGGAAGCUCAUGCCCUCGCCCAAGACCGGCACGGUGGUGACCGAGUUCAAGGCGGCCAUCGAUCUCUACAAGGGUGGAGGCCAAAUCCAAUUGCGCAACAAUUCCUACAUGAAGGUGAAGACAGUGGUGGGGAGGCUCGAAAUGGGCAAAGAGAAGAUCACUGAGAACAUCCGAUCGCUGCUGCAGCAGAUGGCGGACAAAGCCCCAGAGGGCGCCAAGAAGAUCAAGGAUUUCUGGAGGGUCAUGUACAUCAAGGGCCACGACAGCCCCGCCGUGCGGAUUGAUCCAUCGGAGUGGCCGUCCCAUGGCUUUACGAAAACGACGCAGAAGAAUAUCGAAGGUCCUCUCGCGGUGGCCAUGGGCCUGGCCUGAGAAUUAGCCCACGCCCGCGCCAC